UCCCUGAAUUAUUAUCUCAUGAUUUUCCGUAUUCGUUCUCUAAAUGAAUUUUCAAAAAAUUUACUAGAGAAAAGCGAAAUAAUUUGAUAAUGCAGUACGAUGCCUUCUAAUCUAGUUACUUAAGCGAAAACUGUAUAUAUCAUUCAUAUUUUAUUAUAUACAUCUCAAAAUUUCAGGUUAACUGAAAAACAACAGUAGAUUUUUUCUCUAGAAAAAAAAAAUAAAUAAUAAAUAUAAAAUCAAAGACAAUAGAGGUAAAAAAAUGAGUUGUACCGUCAAUCAGAAUCAGAAACAGAAUCAGAACCCAACUCAGGACAAUAUUCAAAAGAUUGUACAAAAUCAGAUAAAUAAUCAGAAUCAAAAACAAAUACAAAUACAACCCGCUAAUCAAUUUCAAGGUGACAACAAUGCUGUGAGUAGUUUCUGGACAUGCGAGGAGUUGUUGCAAGCCUUGUCGCAGGUGUUGAGGCUGCGGGAGAUCUUUAAUAUGUUCGCCCGAUUCAGUGGCAGCAAUACCAUCGAUAUUCUCAAGGUGCCCGAGUGUCUGCACGCGAUGGGAUUGCAUUUUGUGGAGUCCACAUUGAAAAGCUUUCUCUCGGAGCGCCUGUUGAAGUUUCCACAGUCGAAGCCGCCGACUCGAGUUAGUUUUGAGUUUGUGCUAUCGAUCUACUGUGAUCUGUCCAGUUUGGAGGAGGUGCCCACAGCUGCGGUGAUGAUCAAUGGCUUCCGAUGUUGUGAUACACAGAAUACGGGUGAAUUGCCGUAUAAUAUGCUACGCCGUAUGCUUACCUUAGUAAGUGAACGACUUCACGAUACGGAGGUCUCAUCUCUGCUGGACAAUAUGAAGGAUGAUAAGGGAAAUAUCAAGUAUGUUGCACUAUUGGAGACCUUGUUUCCUACGGAUAUUGAUGCCUCCGAAAAGCUGAGACAAGCACGACUUUAUUUGAAUGCACUCGGUAAAAAUGCCAGUCACAUGGAUAUGCAUAAACGGGAUGAGUUCAUCAGGGCUCUUCGCAAUUUGGAUAAUACUCACACUGGAUGUGUUGGCACCGAUCAAUUGCUAAGUUUAUUGAAUUCGAAUGGAGAUCGCUUCACAGUCACCGAACUAGCGUCCCUCACCCGAGGUAUGACCAAUUGCAAGAAACAGGUCGACUAUCGUAUGUUUCUACGCCUCAUCAUGAAUGAUUAGAUUAGAUAUCAGAGGUCCCCAAGUAAAUGUGUAUAACCCACAGAGUUCACAGAUAUCAUUACAGUUAUAUAAAUAUCAAAUCAUCACAUAACGCUUAUAUGAAUAUCAUUGCAUUCACAAAUAAAUUAUCGGGAUUACUAUUAUAAAAAACAAA